AAAAAAUGUAGUUUCACAACGAAAAGAUAGUUUCCAGUACGUACUCCUACAUGGAAACAAGUCAGAAAAAUCGAUUCGCGUUAUUACUGUAGAUUGCAUUUACGCUAGCCGUGUUUAGAAGCAGUAUAAAAGUCGUCAUCCAGGCAUUGAUAUCCUUCCAUCCCCACCGAAAGAGCGAAUCAAACCACCUCUCCUCCGCCUCCACGCACGCACGCACGCUCGACGCCACUUCAAGCUUUGCAACCCCCUCGAUCUCUCUCAACAUCCCGAGCCUGCCCCAACCAAUGGCGUCCACAACCGGCUACGGCAACGUCACCGGCGGCGGCCUCCCCACGCACACGGCCACCUCCAAGCCACCCGUCGACGACCCGCGCCAGCAGAAGCAGCGCCUGCGCCGGCGCCGCGGCUGCCUCUGCUGCGCGUGCCUGGCCGUCACCCUCGUCCUCCUCGCCGUCGUCCUCCUGAUCCUCUUCCUCACCGUGCUCCGCGUCCGGGACCCGACCACGCGGCUCGUCUCCACGCGCCUCGUCGGCGUGGCCCCGCGCCUCACCUUCCCGGCGCUGAGCAUCCAGCUCAACGUCACCCUCCUCAUCACGGUGUCCGUGCACAACCCCAACCCGGCCUCCUUCUCCUUCCCCUCCGGCGGCCACACCGACCUGACCUACCGCGGCGCCCACGUCGGCGACGCCGAGAUCGACCCCGGCCGCGUCCCCAGCAAGGGGGACGCGGACGUGCGGCUGGCGCUGACGCUGCAGGCGGACCGGUUCGCCGGGGACGUGGCGCAGCUGAUCGCCGACGUGGAGGCCGGGUCGCUGCCGAUCGAGGCCAGCACCAGGAUCCCGGGGCGGGUGGCGGUGUUCGGCGUGUUCAAGCGCCACGCCGUCGCCUACUCCGACUGCAGCUUCGUCUUCGGCGUCGCGGAGCUGGGCGUCCGCAGCCAGGAGUGCCGCGACCACACCAAGCUCUGAUCCUACCCACCUUCCUUCCUCCGUCCGUCUGUGCGACGGUAGCUGUCCGUCUCCGCCGCGCGCGUCGCCGGAGAUGGAAGCAAGGACACCUUUUUCUGCCGUGUUCGUUCGUUUGAUACGUGGGGCCGACGACGUCGUUGUCAUCACGGAGAGAAGAAGAGAAAAGGGUGAGCCGAAGACGCUUCAUCAUCAGUAUAGUACCACUGUACUACUCUAGUUAGUCCCGGCUUUGGGUAGAAUUAAUUUGUCCUUUUAGUUGUUUCCAUUGCUGUGUGUCGUCUUACGAUUUUGAGAUGGAAUUUUCUUGUACAGAGACAGACAGGGUGGACUAGUUAGUAUACGCACAUAUGGCUUGCUCUUAUUCUUCAUCACAUCAUCACCAUGUGUUUAGAUUCUUGCUUUGUGCGCACGAAUCCUAAGCAUGACCCUGUUAUAGUUUAUGCUUAUACUGUACUAUAUAGCUUGCUGUUACGGGGUCGCUGGGAGACCUUCCUCGA